AACCGCCGGUGAGCAGGACACGUCCGCCUGCUCACCGGCGCUCGACAUUGGAGUUACCGCGGUAUAGGUCACGUUUUCACUGUCAUCAAUAUAAAUAUCAUAUGAUAUAUCCGUCAAUUUCCAUCUUUUUUCUUUAUUUUGAUGCUCCUGUUCGUAGAGUGAGACUAGUUUAUAAUAUUAGUAUGGUGUUUGUAACGUAGGAAGAUUUGAUAGUUUGUGUAAACUACCUGUAGACUAGGAAUAGUUUGCACAAUUUGUAAGAUGUUAGCUGAAUAGUAAUAGUUUACACAAUUUGUAAGAUGGUUGUAAACAGCAAGAGUUUACACAAUUUGUAAGAUGGUUGUAGACUAGGAAGAACUUUAUUUAUAGAACACAAUUUAUAAGGUGUUUGUUGUAAAGGAAUAAUUUAAACGUUGAUAAGACUGGUAUAAUGACCGCAGUAAUAAUUAUUAAUGCGGUCACUCGAAAGUAGCUGUUAACAUUCAUGUAUUUGGGAUCAUUUUGAGUAGACAUAUUUUAUGCUAGGGGUGAGAGCGGUCGGAGAACAGACUGGACAUUAUCAAAUGUCCAAUCUGAGUCUACCUUGUGUAGGCGAGUAUGCGUACUGGUUCUGCCCUGCAUGGCCCAGUAGGCAGGGCCAUGCAGGGCCAUAUAUAUAUGGUUCUAGAUAGGGUACCCGGUGAUGCCCCGUCUGUCUGUCUGUCAAUUUGUGUCUCUCCCUGCAGGUUCCCUCUGCUUCUCCCCUUCCCAUUCUCUCUCUUCCCGUGGGUAAAAGAUGCUCGAGAAACAUUCAGUCAACGUUACCGACGUUGAUUCAAUGUCGAUAACAGGCUUAUUGGUGUAAAUAUGAUCUUUAUAUCGCACAUUAUUAAUAAAGAAAAGAAACAAAAAAUGUCGAUAACAGCCAUAAAAUCUGUUUUAACACGCUAUGAACAAUCAAACCUUUAUAUCAUACUUCAUAGGAGUCGAUAGAAUCAGGAAUGGGAGCCGGUCCUUCUUAAAGAGGGGCCAUGGGGGUCGACCCCAAUCACCCUAUGACACUAACCAUACAAUUACAAUCUCGAACAAUCCGAUAUUCUUUCAUAGACAUACAUGUGUUAUAUCAUAUUUUCCAUUUUAUAUUCAUUUAAACAUUAUGUCUUGCUUGAAUUACUCUCCACGUUAACACUGCCAUAUUCUUCCAGGGUGGCGGAGCUGGGCACCAGGAUGAAGGUUGCCAUAUUGCUCCUCGCAGCUUCCUCAGUCACCGCAGGGGGAUGGGCAGGCGGCGGUGAUGCAAUCAAUACUGAGCGAGGCCGGGGGGAGGGGCCAGACCCGCAGCACCACCUCGCACUCCAUCCUCCCACUCCACUACGGAGGGACACACACUUCACUUCAGACGGGAAUACUAACCCCCGUCUCGGGCUAGGCCCUCGUAACCCGUUGGACCAGGACCUCGGGUCAGUGUCAUCAUCGUUAAAGGAUACACAGUCUUCCAUUUCAAGGCAAAUUUUCCAGUCGUCUUCCUCCGGUCGCGACAACGUCAAACCCGGCGAAGUAUCUUUGGGCGCAGUCAGGAGACCCAACAUGGCUCAACUGCAACCAUAUCACCUCUCAGAGCUUCCACCGUCGUCCACACUGCUGCAAGUAUCUAUGUGGGCAGACCCUCCACCGUCAACGCCACCUGCAGGAGUGUCUUCCUCCCUCGCUCCAAGAUCACCGCUCCUCCCCAGCCACGAGACUCACCUGCGGCAGGAUUUCACCUUAAAUGACAAUCGGAAGCAUCGCCGGAUGUUGCAAGAGGACCCCAGGGCCAACAGGGCCCUCAGGGUCCCCAGGGACAGUAGGAAACAUCACCAGCCACUUGGCUUCGGCGGGACGCCCUUAAAUGUGAGAUAUUUGAGGACCAAUAUCCAGGUUGACAGAGGCAAACUUUCCCCGCGUAAAAGAUUAAAAGGUCUCAUGGAGGGGAGAGAUGGCCCCACUGGGGGUCAGGCGGAGGCUGCCAGCGAAGGUAGUGAAGAAUAUCACCAAGAUGAUCCUCAGAUCUUUCGUGCACCCGAGGAAAAGGUUGAAGGUGUUGCAGAAUUACCUCCUGGAAAAAGAAACGUCACGAGCCAACAAUCUCCCGAGCACUCAAAGGAAACUCGACAUGAGAAAUUGACACGAGAUUUUCCGGCUCAGUUGACGGAACAGAGAGAGUCAACAGAAGCGUUCUCUGAGGAACUCACGAAUAUCAAGUUAAGGGAGAGGGAGAAAGGAACAGGGGAUGAAAGCAAAGGUGAAAUAACGAAUACAGUCAACAGAGGUGACGGGAGUUUGGCCGAGUCGGCGAACAGCUUCAGGGACCCGAGCCUGAAUGACACAUCAAACAUACCUCACAGGGUCAACCUCGACGCCCUAGAGAUGGAACUCUCCGAGAAGGAGGAGGAAGCGUCUAGCGACCUGCUGCUCGCUAUCUCCAUCCUGCAGCAUCACCUCGUCCCGGACACGUCCUCAUCAUGGCGCACCAUCCACAACUCCUCCAGGGUCGGCGGCCCCAUCUCCCAGGCUCUUGUCGACCACUCCAGGUUCUCCGACAACUCCGAGCCUCGCCGACCCUUCCGCUUGCCACCCGUCGCUCACGACACCGACAAGAAAUUUAACAUCGAAAUAUUUGACUCGCUGUCGGCGGGCUCCGACGAGGUUGUGGGGGAAGCCGAGGAGAUGGUGGAGGAGAGCAGUGUGCGACACAUAACCCAUCUGCAGGAGGAAGCUGACCCGAGGGAGCGCGCAGGGUUGCGUUACCGCUGGUUUGUCCUCGUCCUCGACGGCAACUGCUCCGUCAUCAAGCCGCGCAUGACCACCUUCGUCACCUUCCUGAAGGCGGCUCUCUCGGCCAAGCUCUCCGUGGACUACAACGACGUGUACGUCCCGUCAGUGUUCUGCGACAACACCUUCAUGGUGAACAUUAGCCUCGACACCCUCAAGUACCCGCAGGUGGAGGUGAGACUCAGGAAACUGGCGGAGGCCAACACGACCCUCCUGGAGAUUUCCGAGGAAAUAUUCUACCUGGAGAAGAUCCUCAUGAAGAGGUCUGACGAGGAAGAGCAGAACUUCCAGGCGAUCAUCAAGAAACCUGACGACGUGGAACUUGUCAUCUACAUCGCGGUCGGGUGCAUGUGCGUGUUCAUCGUCCUGUCGGUGGUGAUCGUGAUGCUGAUCCGGGUGUGUCGGCAGGAGGGCGACACACUCGACCUGGGCAAGCCUCGUCCACAUCAGAUCAUCCCACGCUCCCUCGACUUCCCCAUCAGGAGACCCAACGUCAUCUACUCCCACAGGUUUAGCCAAGCCUUGAUCCCUGGCAAGUGUGGGCGGCGAGGUUUGGAUGAGGGUCAGAUGGGCGGCACCAGCGGGGUGACGGUGGGCGGCGGUGGUGGGCGUGGGACCCUCCUCAGGUACGAGCCGGAGGUGUGUGGAGAUGGGGGCAUGAUCGGCCAGGUGACCGUGGGCGGCCAGGAGGUGGGCAUGGGCGGCCAAGAAGUGUACACCAUCUCUACCCUCGCAGAUGAUGUUUACAGCGAUCGACGAGCUCUCGUCCCCACCCGCCGCAGGACCAGACAUAUUCCAGGCGAAGCUGUCAUCUUGGAGGAGGAGGACCUGGCCGAGGAGGAGGAGGAAGAGGAGGAGGAAGAUGAUGAUGAUGAGGAGGAGGAGGAAGAGGAAGAAGAGGAGGAGGAGGAAAGAAGGGGGGGAAGGAGGAGCAGGAGGAGGAGAACGGCCGGUCUUCCUGAUGAUGAAGUGCUACUGGAGGAGGAUAUGGACGGCGAAGGGGAGACGAAUCAGGACCAUCGAGCCGAGACCGUAAGGGCCGUUUCGUCGUCCAGGAGUAUUGUACGGGCUGCCCUGGGACCUGCUGAAGGACGAGGGGGAAGAGGAGGGGGGUCCGGUAUAGCGGUGGGCCGGGGGUUGUGUGGAUCAGGGGGGCGAGGACGCAGCAGGGCAGCAAGAGGGCCGAGCGAGGUGGUGGUUGUGUCUGGUAUCGACAACCCCUGCUACACCAGAUGAUGAGGCUCCCUCCCCUUACCCCCAACCCCAGCCUCGCCGCGCCAGCAUCACCUCAACCACCCCUCCGUUCCCUCUCCCCUCUAACUCCCUCAUAUGUCUAGUUCAUAGUCUGUGCAUUCUUCAUCUCCCUUUCCAAUCUGUUUUCAAACAUGUUUCUCACACUAAGCUGCUCGUUGUUUGCCUUUACCCCCCCCCCCCCACUUUAUCUCCCAAAGUUACAGAUAAUUCGUGAUUUCGUUACAAGGUAACUAUAGCCGUUGUUCAUCAUACACCCUCGUUCUCCUCAUUCCCCCUACCCCAUGUUAUGUACAUUUAAUUAUUCACUCAAACUUCAACCUGUCUAGCUUCAUAACUCCUGUUUUUAAAACUUGUAUUUUCUUAUGCACUUCCGUCCUUCUUGCCCUUAUGUUGAGAAAGAUUUAUAAAUACUAAAACUGUACUUAAAGCAUAGUUUAUUAUAUAUAUAUAUAUAUA